GAGAGCUUCAGUCGCUCUUGACUCUCUGACCAUUGAGAUAUCUAUGAAAUAAGCAAAACAAGAACACUGUGUUUUAUAAGCAAAUAAUCGCAAAGUGGAAUUAUCAUGAGGUUGUUUAAGUGUUUGUUGCCGGUGGUGGUGUUGCUGUUGAUUAAGGAUUCUUCUGCAAGACCUGGUGUGAUACGUGACUUGAUUGGGGGCAAUGUCGGCAGUUUCCUGGAUCCGUUAGGAAUUUUCAAACCUAAAGGUGGAAAUGCAGAUGCAAACAGUCACGCUAGCAGCAAUGCUCAAUCGAUAGGAGGAGGUUUGAAUUUCGGACCUGUUGGUAUCGGCGGUGGAUUUUCCUCGGCGUCGGCUUCAUCAUCGGCGUCAGCGCACGGCAACGGUUUGGCUUCAGCUUCGGCGAAAGCAGAUGCUCAAGCUAAUGGAUAUGGUGGCGCUAAUGCUAAUGCGCAAGCUGCUGCCAAUGCUAACGCACAAGGUUACGGCGGUUCUUCAGGAACCCCUGAGAGUUAUUUGAGUGGUAAUAACGUGAACGAUGGCUAUUAUCAUCGCGGCGUGAGCCAGGUCCCUGUUCAAGUUAAUCAACCGGGUUACGGAAGUUACGGUGGCUCUCAGUCUAAUGCUAACGCUAACGCCAAUGCAAAUGCCAAUGCCAUCACCAGUGGUGGCAAUGGCGGAACGCCAGUCGGUCCUUCCCCCAGUUCUUAUUAUCCGGUUUCUACUAGACCCAAAACUAUCGACAAUAUUAAUGUUGUCUUUUCUAACAAUCCCUUUUUGUCAAAUGUGAAGAAACCAAACGCUAACGCUAACGCUAAUGCCAACGCUCAGAUAAGUGGUAUAAGUAGCGGCGGCGUGCACACGAUUCCCGGCAAAUAUCCCAGCAGUGGAAUAGAGAUCAUUCCCAUUGACUCACUGCCGAUUUCUCCCGAUCAACCCGUCCAUCCGACGCCCCAACGGCCUCCCACCUUCCAUCAAGGAAUCGGUAAAGGCGAAGCUGUGAUACCAAUUGUCGUUGUUGAGAGUUCACCCACGGCGCAAUACCCGCCGCAAUACCCGCCGCAGUAUUACCGUCCAACUCCCCCACAUCGUCACCGCCCGCACCACGGUGGUAAACCGAAACAACAGCCUAUCGAGAUCAUCGUCAUCGAGGAGACAGCGCCUAGUCAAGCCGAUAGUUAUGGAAAUGGUGGCGUUCAAGGACCUUAUCAUGGGCAGAAACAAGGAUCUCCUGGUGACUACAGUCACAAUCCGUUCUUAUCAGGCGUAGGAUCAAACGCUAACGCAAAUGCCAACGCUCAGGCAAAUGCAGGAGGAAGUAAUGGAGGACACCAUGGAGGCAAUCAUGGAGGUGUCCUAGAAGGACAUCAUGGAGGCAAUCAUGGAGGAUAUCAACAAGGUGGCAACUAUCCAUCAGGACCAAUUGGCGAAAACAAUCCCUUCUUGAACGGUGGCCACUCUGGUGCUGGCGGCAACGCUAACGCUAAUGCCAAUGCCAACGCAAAUGCUGAUGCCGCCGGACAGGCCCCAAUUGGUGCAAAUAAUCCAUUCUUUAACGGCGGCGUGUCCCACGGAGGAGCAAAUCAACCAGGAAACUAUCAACCGGGAAAUUAUCAACCGGCAAAUCCAGAUGUCACUGUUACUAUUUUGGGUGAAAAACCCAAAGGUAUUCCUACUACAUACCCAGGACAAUUUCCCGGAACAGGAGGCUCACACGGAUCGGCGGGAGCCAACGCCGGCGCUAAUGCUGCUGCCGGCGGUGUCGGAGGCGGAUUCGUCGGGCCGAUCAAAGAAGGCCCGAUAUCCGGAUCAGGUGGUUAUAAUGGUGGAUCUACGGUUCUUGGUGAUUACGAAGGUCACGGAUCAGGUGGAGUCUCUGGUCCGGGUUUCGGAGGACACGGCGGAAGUUCAUCCGGUGCUGGAAGCAUCGGCGGUACAACGAUCCUUGGAGGAUCCGGGGGUCACGGAGGUCACGGAGGAAGCUCCCUUGGUGGUCAAGGCAGCGGUGGAUUCGUACAUGAUGGCUCUUCCGGAUUGAAUCUCGGUGGAUACGGCGGCGGUUCUUCUGGUGCCAAUGCUAACGCCAAUGCCAAUGCUAAUGCUGGAAGUAAUAUUCUUGGAGGAUACGGAGAUGGCGUUAAAGGAUCGGGUCCUGGAUUAGGACAUGGGGGAUAUGGUGGUCAAGGAGGUGUACUCGGCGGAUCAGUCGGAGGAGGCUCAACAGCCGAUGCAUCCUCCAACGCUAUCGCGUCUGGCGGUGGCAAAGCCACCGCCGAUGCUUUGUCCAACGCGCACUCCAACGGCGGAUCGGCAUCAGCGAACAGUAAAUCGUCAGCAUUCACUAAUGGAUCAGGUUCCGCAAACGCCAAUGCACACGCGUCCAGCAAUGCCUCCUCUGGGUCUUACGAUGGAGUAGGAUCGAAGAGUUCAGCGUCGAGCCACGCGUCAGCCUCGGCCGACACCAGAGACAUGCUGAUCUUCAGUUAAAUAUUGUGAUACAGCAGGAUCAAGGCUCCUGCAGAAAAGUCUUGACCUUACGAAAGUUACAUAAUACUUUGAUCUAUAUUUUUUAUAUAUAUCACGAGAAAUCACAAUCGGUGCGAAUACGACGUAGAUAUCGCCCAACUAACGAGAAUUAUUCAAAAAUCUGAAGAAUGUAAACAAAUUACUUAGUGACAUGUCCAAAUUUAUAAUUACGACUUGUAAAUUUGAAUGCAUUCUUAGGAACAUGAUUAGGUACACAUCGAAACUCUUUUCAAAAUCAAAACUAGUUUGAUUUUGAAAAUAGAUAAGUGUUUUUGAGCAUUUAUUAGAGAUCGUGUGAAGACAGAUAGUUAUUUGUAGUAGCGUGUAUUCGCGAUUUGCGUCAGAAAUAGAAAUUAUUUUAUCUAUAUUUUGCUUAAUGCGAUAAAAUAUUUGAUAAAAAUUACAAUUAAGAGAUUAGAAUUUCAGAUAAAUAUUGUAGUAUCCUUGAGUACGAAUGAAAGAGAAAAAUAUAAUCUGACGAAACCAGCGUUUAAAUUAGUUGGUUGAUGUCAUAUGUCGGAAUACGUUAAUGACAUAUCUGCGCAUUUUUAUUAUUAUACUAAGAGAAUACUUUUAUACUCAUACAAGAUAUUUUGCGACGAUCGAGACGAUUUAUAUAUGAAUUUUCUUAGCGGACAACACGUAGCACGAUAUUUAAAAUGUCUAAAAAAUUUUAAUUUAAAAUACUCUUUGUAUAUUUAUAAGCGUACUUAAGUUAUACAUGUAGUUGUGUAAAUCGUCUCCUACGAAAGGCGAAAACGUGCCAAUCCUGAUAUACAUAUACCUAUAUUAAUAAUAAGAAUAAGAAUAAUAAAAGUUAUAUAGUGCAUACAGAAA